AGCAGCAUCCACCCGGCAAGAGGCCGGAGCCAGCGAGGCCCGAAAGGCUGAAAAUUGCGCCGGCUGCUCGGUGCGCAGCGCGCCCACCACUCCUCCUUCUCGCCCGCCCACCCGCAACUGCAGACCCGGCUCGUUUCUUCGCCGCCGCCAAGCAUAGGGAGGGGGCUAGGGCUGCCGCCCCCCUCCCCGCCGCCGCUGCCCCCUGCUUGUCAGGCUCUGCUGCCCGCAGCGUGCGCCCCGGCAGACCCCAGCCAUGUCGAUGCUGCCUUCUUUCGGCUUUACUCAGGAGCAAGUGGCGUGCGUGUGCGAGGUGCUGCAGCAAGGCGGGAACCUAGAACGCCUGGGCAGGUUCCUGUGGUCGCUGCCCGCCUGCGACCACCUGCACAAGAACGAAAGCGUGCUUAAGGCCAAGGCCGUGGUCGCCUUCCACCGCGGAAACUUCCGCGAGCUCUACAAGAUCCUGGAGAGCCACCAGUUUUCGCCUCACAAUCAUCCCAAACUGCAGCAGCUGUGGCUGAAGGCUCACUACGUGGAGGCCGAGAAGCUACGCGGCCGGCCCCUGGGCGCGGUGGGCAAGUAUCGGGUGCGCCGAAAAUUCCCACUGCCGCGCACCAUCUGGGACGGCGAGGAGACGAGCUACUGCUUCAAGGAGAAGUCGCGGGGCGUGCUGCGGGAGUGGUACGCGCACAACCCCUACCCCUCGCCGCGUGAGAAGCGGGAGCUGGCCGAGGCCACCGGCCUCACCACCACCCAGGUCAGCAACUGGUUUAAGAACCGGAGGCAAAGAGACCGGGCCGCCGAGGCCAAGGAAAGGGAGAACACUGAAAACAACAACUCCUCCUCCAACAAGCAGAAUCAACUCUCUCCUCUGGAAGGGGGCAAGCCGCUCAUGUCCAGCUCAGAAGAGGAAUUCUCGCCUCCCCAAAGUCCAGACCAGAACUCAGUCCUUCUGCUGCAGGGCAAUAUGGGCCACGCUAGGAGCUCAAACUAUUCUCUCCCCGGCUUAACAGCCUCACAGCCCGGUCAUGGCCUGCAGGCCCACCAGCACCAGCUCCAGGACUCCCUGCUUGGCCCACUCACCUCCAGUCUGGUGGACUUGGGAUCCUAAGUGGGGAGGGACGGGGGCCUCCAAGGGAUGGUUGGAGCAGCAACCAACUGCAGCAACUAGGGACACUUGUAAAUAGAAAUCAGGAACAUUUUUGCAGCUUGUUUCUGGGGUUCUUUGCGCAUAAAGGAAUGGUGGACUUUCACAAACGCCUUUUUAAAAAUCACAACCAACAGCAAUCUCAAGCUUAGUCACCCUCACCCUCUUCUCUCUGACUCUUUUCCACUUUUGCAUGUCCUCCCCCAGUCCAGAGAAGAGCAGGG